AGAGUUGGUGGCUGGACCUUCUGCGACCUGUGGUUGCCAUGCUGCCCUUCUCUUUGCUCUGGGCAGUUCGGCCUCUGCAGAGAUGUGGUCCGCUGGUCAGGACGGCCGUGCGGGCUCAGCACGGCAAGGCGGCGCAGACUCAGACUGGGGAAGCGAGCAGGGGCUGGACCGGCCAGGAGAGCCUCUCGGACACUGACCCUGAGAUGUGGGAGCUGUUGCAGAGGGAGAAGGACAGGCAGUGCCGUGGCCUGGAACUCAUUGCGUCAGAGAACUUCUGCAGCCGAGCUGCGCUGGAGGCCCUGGGGUCCUGUCUGAACAACAAGUACUCGGAGGGUUAUCCUGGCAAGAGAUACUACGGGGGAGCAGAGGUGGUGGAUGAGAUUGAGCUGCUGUGCCAGCGCCGGGCCCUGGAAGCCUUUGACCUGGAUCCUGCCCAGUGGGGAGUCAACGUCCAGCCCUACUCGGGGUCCCCAGCCAAUCUGGCUGCCUACACAGCCCUUCUGCAGCCUCACGACCGCAUCAUGGGGCUGGACCUGCCUGAUGGGGGCCACCUUACGCACGGCUACAUGUCCGAUGUGAAGCGUGUAUCAGCCACCUCCAUCUUCUUCGAGUCUAUGCCCUAUAAGCUCAACCCCCAAACCGGCCUCAUCGACUAUGAGCAGCUGGCUCUGACUGCCCGGCUUUUCCGGCCGCGGCUUAUUAUAGCCGGGACCAGUGCCUACGCGCGCCUCAUUGACUACGCCCGCAUGAGAGAGGUGUGUGACGAGGUCAAGGCGCACCUGCUGGCAGACAUGGCCCACAUCAGCGGCCUGGUGGCUGCCAAGGUGAUCCCCUCACCUUUCAAGCAUGCCGACGUUGUCACCACCACCACCCACAAGACUCUCCGAGGGGCCAGGUCGGGCCUCAUCUUCUACCGCAAGGGAGUACGGACCGUGGACCCUAAGACUGGCCAGGAGAUCCCUUACACGUUUGAGGACCGGAUCAACUUCGCUGUGUUCCCAUCGCUGCAGGGGGGCCCCCACAACCAUGCCAUUGCUGCAGUAGCCGUGGCCCUGAAGCAGGCCUGCACCCCCAUGUUCCGGGAGUACUCCCUGCAGGUUCUGAAGAACGCCCGGGCCAUGGCUGACGCGCUGCUGGAGCGAGGCUACUCCCUGGUGUCCGGUGGCACCGACAACCACCUGGUGCUGGUGGACCUGCGACCCAAGGGUCUGGAUGGAGCUCGGGCUGAGCGGGUACUGGAGCUUGUCUCCAUUACUGCCAACAAGAACACCUGUCCUGGAGACAGAAGUGCCAUCACCCCCGGGGGCCUGCGGCUUGGGGCCCCCGCCCUGACCUCUCGGCAGUUCCGUGAGGAUGACUUCCGGAGAGUUGUGGACUUCAUAGACGAGGGGGUUAACAUCGGUUUGGAGGUGAAGAGGAAGACUGCCAAGCUCCAGGAUUUCAAGUCCUUCCUGCUCAAGGACCCGGAAACAAGUCAGCGUCUGGCGGACCUCAGGCGCCGCGUGCAGCAGUUCGCCAGGGCCUUCCCUAUGCCUGGCUUUCCUGAGCACUGAGGGCGCCUGGGAAAUGAGGCCCAGGCUGGGGGGGGGGGGGCGGCGGCGAUGGCCACCUGUCUUUCCAGCAGGCCUGCAGGGCAAGAGCCAGGCUGAAUCCCCCUUCCUACAACCUGUAGCUCAGAGAAAGAGAAUUUUUGUAACAAGACUUGGCCUCCGUGGAGCGUUCUGCCCUAACUCUCAGUGUUACAGACCCCCCACCCCUUCUUGAGAAGGGGGGCGUUACCCUUCUGAGCCAGUGGAAGCGGUGGGUGGGUACCCUCCUUCCUGUUUUUAUCUAAUAAAAUGCUCACCUGC